AUGAGCGGGCGUGAGGUCAGAGGCAGAUGGAAAAGGGAACAGAAGGAAUGGCCGCCGCGGCUCCCGCUCCUCCUGCCGCCGCCUCCCAGUGCCGGAGCCCCCGCUGCACGGCGGAGCGCAGGGGAGUCCGCCGAGAACUCGACUCCUGGCGGCACCGGCUCAUGCACUGUGUGGGUUUUGAAAGUAUUUUAGAAGGGCUUUAUGGACCAAGGCUACGAAGAGACCUCAGUUUAUUUGAAGACUGUGAGCCAGAAGAGCUAACUGACUGGUCUAUGGAUGAGAAAUGUUCCUUUUGUAAUUUACACAAAGAAACAGCCAGUGAUCGUGCAUCAGUUAUCGGUUCUUCACAGUCAACGCCUACAGAGGAACUGUCAUCUCAGGGCCAGUCCAACACUGAUAAGAUUGAAUGCCAAGCAGAAAACUAUCUAAAUGCACUCUUUCGAAAGAAAGAUCUUCCUCAGAACUGUGAUCCUAACAUUCCCCUAGUUGCUCAGGAAUUAAUGAAAAAAAUGAUCCGUCAGUUUGCGAUUGAGUACAUUUCAAAAAGUAGCAAAAUUCAAGAGAACAGAAAUGGUUCAUCGUUUGAACCAAGUCUGAUGUGUAAAAGUGUCCAAAUGAACCAAACGGAAAACUCCCUUCAGGAAGAACAGGAUAGCCCUCUAGACCUCACUGUGAAUCGAACUCAAGAACAGAAUACUCAGCAAGGGGAUGGAGUGCUAGAUCUCUCUACAAAGAAAAGCGCAAGGUUGGAAGAACCAAAAUAUGAUCCAUUGUGUUCUGAAAACUCAGUGUCUGGCACACUACAAGUGAAAGUCUCGGAGCCGCAGAAUUCAAUAGACAUGAACACAGAAAAUGAACAUUUGAAGUCCAUAAAGAUGUGCCUUAAUCAGCCCACUGAGUGGAAUCUGAGUUUUUCAGCAGCAUCUCUCGCCAGCUGUAAAGUUUUUAACCAAAAUCUCAAAACUGAUGAGAACAAAUAGAUUGCAGCUGUUCUUGCACUAUUAUUUUGUACAUUGUUUCUGAUUUUUUUUUCUGCAAAAUAAUAAGCAUUUAUUACAUUGAUCUUGAAAUGAUCUUGUGUGAUUUGGCUUUAUAUACUACUAGCAUUAUUCAGUUUGAUGUACUUUUUCUUUUUUUAAAUACAAAGUUUCACAUCUGACCAUCAUGAAAUUCUUGCAGUACAAAUUUAUAUCAGAAUCGGAUGUUCCCCUUUAAUAGUAUUGUGAUUUUUCUAUGUUCUUUAAAGUUAAUUAUUUCCCAAUUUUAUUUUUGUGCACGAAAGUUAAUAUAUUAUGUAAUUUGUGGCAUAGGUCACCAUGUAAAGAUUUAUGGUAUUAAUUCAAACAAAUCUGUAACAAGUGGAGACCGACUACCUCGAAGCAAAGCAGUACAAAGGUAAAUUAUCUGAGGAGAUCUCCGUUACCAAUGGAUUGAAAUGUAUGGAAGCACCAGUUUGUUUCUGCAGUAGGCUUUCAUCUUCACUUACCUUGAGAACUUCUGUGUGACAGUGUUUAAUGACCGUGAUGUCUAAAAGACCAAGCCUGGUGGAGAAUCUCAUGAGAUUGUCAUUCAACAAAUCUGUAUCUGCACUUUUUGAGGUUUCUGCUAAAUGGUCUUUCUUCCCCAUUCGUUUUUAUGAAUUCAUGCCUGCCACCAAUUAAAAUGGAUGUAAAUGCUCUUCCUAUUUCAUUUUUUCUGUGUACUUUGGAAAUGCAAUGUAAAAUCAAAGUUUUAAACUCUACUCAAAGAAGUAGUAAAUGGUUGUAGCUGACUACAUUGUAGACAUUCCAUGCUUAGAUGAUCUUUAGCAAGGUUCAUGUACUUCAUUCAUCAAAACUUUAUUAUUAAUAGAGCUAUAACAAAAGUGUUAGAAUAAAACCAUAUGAUAUAUUUCUCUUUUCUGGAGUCAUACAUUCAAUAGCUAGAGUAGAGGUUUCUUAAUUCAACUUCGUAAUAAGUUCUCUGUCCUUUGCUUGCCAAGAACAAAUCUUCCAGAAGGAAAUUUCCUUGGAAGACACUAUAUUUUAUAAAACAAAGGUUUUAAGGAUUCACCUGAAAGUGAAGAUGCAGCUCCUCUUUACAGAGGUUUCUUGGUUUGCAGGUACAAUCCAGUAACUGAAAUAAAAAGAUUGUUACGAAUUCUGGUAAGUCUCCCAAAGAUCCUAACGGGAUAUCGAGGCACUGAAGUAUCACACAGUGCAGAACAUAAUUAAAAGAAUAAACAUUCAUCAUCACACUGCACCGUCUAGCGGGUCUUUACGUAUCUCAGCUAUUUAACACGUGUGGAUUCUAUGCGGCAAGAAAGCCAAAAGGGGAAUUAAACUUCCAGGGGAGAGGCACUGACUCAGUGCAGCCCCACCAAAGCACAAGGAACAGUAAGGAGUGAGGAGGGACAUCAGAGCCAAUGCAGCCGGUAUCUUAUUCAUGUGCCCACAGGAGGAGAUGCCAUGUGGAUUUUCUCAUUUCAAAGACCCAGUAAAUACCAGAACUUUUCUGUUUUGGACAUGUCUCCCUCAGCUCCAAGCAGCAGCCCGGUUUUGUUAACUAUCAGCAAUUAUUAUUAUUUGAAUCACAUUGACUUUUAAUUGGCUGAUGACACAAAAGUGGUCAGAGGGGAGUCGGUUCAGGCACAACCCAAGCUCCCCAGGCACUGCUGGAAGUCAGACAAAAAACACCACCACUAGAAAAACAAACGUUCUUGGUGCAGCCCUUACCCUUCAGCUUGGGAGAGUGACCAGCCAAAGGCCUUUUCUCAAGAGAAAGUGUUUUAGGGUGUAGUCUGAAGAGACAAUCACAAAACUGGUUUUAAGAAACAGAAACCAGUGUGGGAAUAAACAGGGGAUCGCUUUAAGUUUGACAAGUGACCACGACUAUUUUAUCAUUAAUAGGGAAUCAGGUCUAGGUCUAGUGUGGCCAUGUUUCACACUCUGUUGUGUUUAGUCAGCAAAAAGAGAGAAGUCACACUGUAAUUGGUCCAGAGCAACAAAGAGGUUGUUUUUAAACCAAUUAGAAUAUUUUAGGGAUUAAAAUUUUACUCUUUAAUUAAGCAGCCAGGAAGUUAGGUACUCAACCCAUAGAAUUAAAGUAAAUAACAUUAUUUUAGUAAAAGGAGUAAUGCAUAUGAAGUCAAGAUUUUUUUCACUGCAAGUAGUAAGAUACUUCCAGACUUGGGUCCUUGUCACCUUUGGAUGUACUUUUGCUACCAUGUGACUUUCUCAGAAAGUCAGCUGCAUGCAUUUAAACUGUGAUUAUCAGUUAUUGUGAGCUUUGAAGAAGACAGCAAACAUCUGAUCAUCCCAUCCUGCAAUUAUGCAGCUACCCUCUCCUCAGUAAGUGAAGUAAUUUUGCAAGAGCACACCACAUUUUCCAUUGCACAGAAAUCCCUUCCCUUUACAGGGAGCUGGGCAAGUGAAUCACCCAGAGGGGCUGGAAAUUCAGUGCCAGUUGCUGGUCAGGUUUCCAACCUGAAAGGAUCACAGGGUAAUUCAGGCAUAAAAGGACAUCACAAAGAUCCUGCUAAAAAGGCAGACAGUUGUGAUGACUUCAUUCAGUCAUGUCUUAAACUAGGACAGAGCCUACAUGGCCUUUCCAGGCAACCUGUUCCAGCAGUUCUCAACCUGUUUCACUGCCUUUUUCACCUUAUAUUCUGGUCAGAGUUUCAGUCUAUACCCAUUGUUUUUUAUCCUCCCACCAUAUGCAACAAAGAGCCCAGUUCCAUCUCUUCAUCAGACUCCUUGCAAGUAACUGAGGAUCCUCCCAGAGUGAACAAACCCAGGUCCCUCAGCCUCUCCCCACAGGGCAGGCACUACAGCCCCACAACACCAGCCCAGGUGUUUGCUGUUUGCCAAAGGCAAACUCUGUUUCCUAUUAACACACAGCAGUGAAGCCACAUCCACAGCACCUAUAGAUAAUGCAGGCACCAGUUGCUGAAAGUGUAUUAGUGGCUGAAGAGCAAACCACUCAAGAGAAGGAGGAUGAGAGAGAACUUGUAACUGAAAAAAAACAAAACAAACAAAAACCCCAAAACAAGCAAACAAAAAACCAACCAACAACACUUGAAAGCCCCAGGGAAGCUCUGAUUGACAAUCAACUGAGAAAAACUGAACUAUAUACUUUGCCCAUUUGAAUUAUGUUCAGGCAGCAUUCAAGGGGAGAGAGCAUCUCUGAUCUCAAGUGCCUGCAUGUACACAAACACCCUACAACACAAUUUGGGGAUUUGAAAAGAAUUAUCAAAAGAGGGAGUUCAGGGCCUCAAAAUUCUGUUUAAAAUUACAAAUAUAAAUAAUUUCUCACAGUUACAGAAGCUUCUGAAUAGCAAAUGUCAGCAGAAAAGCAUGUUGUGGCAUUUUGCAGGUUGACAAGUUUCCAACAAAAUCUGCAAAGGAGGAAAAGCAACACAAUCCUGUCUGUUUCCUAUAAGCAAGCUUGGAAAUAACAUAAUAGUUUGGGCAUUACACUUUGGGAAUGCUACUUUUCACUUGUGUUCCUAAGUAAUUUUUGAGAAUUACCAAAGAUCUUUUAUAGUAUAUUUACCUAUUUCAAAUGCAAGUUCCACAGAAAGCUGCAUUUGGCAUCAAUAGUUGAGAUGCACCUGUCAAGCAAUCAACAUUAAGAUUUCUCCCACUGCCUCUGAAAUUAUCCGUAAUGGAACACAGACAGACAUGACCGUCCAAGUGUUUCCAUCUCCAGAGUGAAUCUGCUCAGCCACCAGCGACUACUACGUGCAGUGUAAUCUUCUGUUGUCCUGUAAAACUCUCGACCAUUCCUAGAUAUGUCAUUAGAAAAAGAUUUUGAACUGCAAAGCUACAAAGAACCCAUAAUUGGAUGCUACUUUAAAAAGACAGAACAUGGACCUUAAGAGUAUUUCAUUUUUUACACCUCUCUGUACUUAAAUAUUCCUUUCCUUACUGGAUCUUAUUUGUACAACAAAUGUUUUUACGCUUUUCUAAAAGUACAUCACUGAUUUUAUAUAACAAGGUGAAGAUCAGUAGGAGACUUCCAGAGUUCAGUUUAUAAAAUCAGUUACUCAGUUUUACCACUUUUACAUUUUUCAAUAAAGUGGACACAUAUCUGCAGGAAGCAGAAUUCACAACUAAGAUCAACUCUAUCUUACAUUAACAUGAACAGUAAAUAUGUGCAUCUGCUGACCAGGUUUUAUUGUUAUAAAACCUUAUAAAAAUUAAGAAAGUGGGUGCCACAGAGGUACGUACAUUCAAAAUUGCUGCCAUCACAAGCAACCACUACAGGUCAAACCCUCUGCUAAUGUUAAACACCAAAACAGCUUUAACUAUUGAGUACUUAGCACCAACAGCAAUUUUAUCUGCAGAUAAGAAGCAGCAUUCUCUUUACAGUAAAAGAAAAAAACCUCCAAGUUUUGUUCAGGUAAUACUUUAUUAUGUUUUUAAUACAUGAAUGAGGGCCUUACUGGGAAAAUAAUAAAAAGCAUUGUUUAAAAAAAAACUAAUCUAGAAAUCUAAACGGACUUCAUAUUGGGAAAAUAAUAAAAAGCAUUGUUUAAAAAAAACUAAUCUAGAAAUCUAGAGGGACUUCAUAUUGGGAAAAUAAUAAAAAGCAUUGUUUAAAAAAAACUAAUCUAGAAAUCUAGAAUUAUCAAAGGAGUUAAAUAUGACUAACAAGAAAAAAAAAAAUCUCAUUUUUCAAGUCUGAUGUUAACUACCAGCAUUGGCAAAGGGCACUUUCUUUCCUUUUGUCUUCAAUUCUCCACUUCCUCAUUCAAAAGUCUUGAAAGAUUCAUUCUGGUUUUUUCAAGUGCCAAUGUUUUUGCUCGUCUUGGAGGCCUUGAACUUGACACUGGGACUGAUUCUGGAACUUCAUCACAACUGAAAUGCAGAAUAUUUAAAAGUAAGGCCAAAAAGACUAACCAAACUCAAGAGUUUUUAUAUUAACAAACUUGAAACAUGGUCUUAAAGAACAAAAAAACUUCUUACCAAUUUUAAACUUUUUAUUUUUUGAAAAGAAUAUAUUGUUUUCCAGGUGAUAUAGCAGUUGCAAAAUAAGCAUAACUCCCAAAAAUUAGGUGAAAUCAAAAUAAAUACACCAAUUAGGCAAAAGGGAGUGGACUGACCCUGGUGACCCUGAAGUCCAUGGAUUACUUGCUUGAGAAAGAGUGAGCACAGCUAAAAAUUACAGAGAUAAUGUUGUUUUAAUUCUCAUAACCUAUGAGAUCACACAAGAAGAAAUCCAUUGUCUAUAUUCACUUCUCAGAAGUUUAUCAACACAUGUGGGGAAAAAAGCAACAAAACUGUGGAGAGGGAAAAAGAAAUAAAAUUUACUCCUCCACAGAUUAAAAAAGCAGAAAAAGUGAUUGGAAGAAGAGCAAUAAUGUAAACCAAAAAUCUAACGUCAGCUAGAAUAUAUGUUGACUUUACACCCCAAAGGUAUGCUACAAAAAGGCUACAGGCUCUUUGACAAAACCUGCCACUGUUUCAAAAGUACUAGUUCAAAGAAAUUUUUUUUUCUAAAAUAUUUAUCUGUGUUUUAGGAACAGAGGAUAUCAAAGGUAAAAGUCUGGGAAAGAAAAGCAUUUGAAUUAAAUUUCCUUGCUGGAAGGAACAUCAUGGUGUUGAUGGUGAAGAGUCAAGGACCUACCUUUCAGUACCACGUUUUACACUUGUGCCAGCUUUUCUUCUGCUCACAGACCUCCCUUCUGCUGCUGCUUUGCGCUGUCCUAAGUAUAAGCAAAAGUCUCUUUUCAUAUCAUGAUACCAUUUGUUUUCUUAAGUUAGUUUUGUAUCUUUCUUCAGUGUUUGAUAUUGCAUUGAAACACAGAAAUAUGCAGCCAGCACAGACAGAAUGUGAUUACAACACAAAAGCAACAAUAAAAACCCCACAAUUUACCACUUCUCCCAGAAACAACUGUUUGUUACUGUCAAUGGCUGUGACCAGGUUCUCUGGAAAUCCUGUAGUCAGUCUUUCCUUCUUUUUUUUUUUUAAAUCUGUGUUACUGGGAGAGGCUGACAGCACAAAAAUUUCCACAGACUACUUUAAUCUUUUAACAAAUAAAACUGUAAAAACUA